AUGAUAAAAUGCUGUCCCAAAUAUCUUCAAGAGAAGGGUUGCUCGGUGAGACAUACGCUGACGCUGAUAGGAGCUCUGCUUACCUGUUUUUGCGUUGAUGGUUGCACUUACAAUAUUGGCAUCCUGAUCUCCUAUUGGUCCUCGUACUUUAACAAGGAUGCCUUUGUCUUAUCAUGGAUUGGUUCCAUUCAAAUGUUCUUUAGUUAUUGUCUGGGACCCCUGACUGGCUUUCUCAUAAACCGCUUCGGAAUAACCCCGGUGGCCAUCGCAGGAGCAGUAACUGCCUCCAUGGGACACUUUAUUUCCGGGAUGGAUGGCAAUAUGAUAACACUCUACAUAUGCUUUGGUGCACUUGUAGGUGCUGGCUAUGGACUGCUGUAUAUGACUGCAAUUGUUGCGAUCACCACGGGCUUCGAUGAGUUACGACCCAUAGCCAUGGGGAUCAUGGCCUGUGGCUCGGGUAUAGGUGCCUCAAUACACAGUAUUUUUUAUCCUCUUAUCGAGUCGAAAGUCACCUGGAAAGGAUUAUGCAUCGCCACGGCGGGUCUACUAUUACAUACUUGUAUUUUUGGGUGCCUCCUUGGGCUUGCUUUACCCAAAAAACCACCACAACAACCAACAAGCCAGUUACAGCACAAUCCCACCUCAAGCUUUUUUAGCCUUGAUUCUCAUGCUCUCGGUAUUCUCGGCUCCGGAUAUCUCAACCCUCCUAAUGAACCUACUUCGAGCGCUGCAGUCAUAAGCUCACAACUAAAUCUGAAAGCCACUCUAGAAACGCCUAAAAUGCAACACAUUAUGGGGAGUUUAGGAUCAUUCACUUACUUAGUUGAAGUCGAAAAAAUCGCUCAACAAAUUGGGUUAUUUGGGAAGGGUAUGCCACUGCACAGAAACGCUUCUUUUUUGGUCUUCUUAGCCGCAGUGUUUAUUCAAGCCAUGGGAUCCUACUCCCCAGUCAUCCUUCUAUUUGACAUUUUGCUCGAAGAAGGCUUGACUCCAAAGGCAGCAGCCAGUGCUGCCGCUUUAGUGGGUAUAUCAAGUGCAGUUGCGAGACUCGCGUUCGGCACGCUGGCCACGUUUCGCUGGGUGAACAAGACCCACCUACUGUCAGCGCUCAUGAUGACUGGUGGAGCAAUAAACAUCACCGUCUUUUUUCUCCACCAGGAAAGGUUUUUGCAGUUCUAUGCAUGUGUUAUAGGAAUUUGUCUAGUGCAGAGAGAGCGGCUUACAGACGCAAUGGGAUGGGAGAUAAUGUCAGCAGGAAUGGGAUACUGUCUGAGCACGCCGUUAGCUACACUGGUGAGUCUACAACUUGGCGACAUGCACAUCAGCUACAUUGUUUCAGGCGUGCUGAUGCUACUUGGGGGCAGUCUCGUCCAGCUCGCUCGCUGGUCUCACCGCACCAUCAGCGAGGCGGACAUCAACCGUCUUCGCAGACGCCUUGAGGCUGCCGCUAGAUAG